GAGAUGUAAGGCAACAUGGCAGUAGCUGGUGACUGGCUGCUGGUACGGAGACAAACAAACCAGAGAGCGUGGAGGACUGAACAAGUGUACGCGCACGCUCUCACACACGUUAUUCUUUCCUCUUUUAUCAUCAUGAGUCGAUGGAGGAAAGAUCCCUUGGAGGUGUGUGGGGGUAAACAUGCCAAUGCCACAUUAGAAUAUCAUGAAUGUGUGUGCAAAUUUGACUACAGACCUCAAGCAAAAUUUCAUUAUAUUCAGGCACAAAAGUUUAAACACUGUUUGUUAGCUGAUGAGAUGAGAAGAAUUGAUAAUUUUCAGCUGUAUGUGAUAAUUGCUGUUGUUGUUGGUGUAGUAUUAAUAUUUGGGGUUGCUGCAUUUUGCUCGUGUAAAUGGUACCUCCAGACCAAUGACAAUCCCUGUGGUUGUUUCCCUUGUUGCUCUUGCAAAAAGAAAAAAAAGAAAAAGAAAAAAUCUUUAAAUAGUGAAGAUGAAUCUCCACAUAACCUUGGAAUUGAAAAUGGGAGUCAAGCUUGGACUCCAAUACGUUUGGUACCAAAUAAAGAUGCUGUUGAUUGUAGGUCACAGCCCAGACAAGUGACAAAUGAAAUGAGUAGUGAUGAUAGUCCAGGAUUUUGCAUGAAAUUUUGUUUAAGUGAUCCAGUUCAGGAUUGUUGUGAGUUCUUUGACUGUGACAUAAUGUGGAGAAAGAAAAACAUUUACACCAUACCAAUAUUUGGUCGGCGCAAGCAACCUCCUUUGCAGCGGAGGCCAACACGCCCAGCCCCUCCCCCACCUAAGCCAUCAGUGUCAGUACCACCAAUAGUAAAGUAUCCAGAACCUUUUCAUAUUGGAUAUGAUGGUGAAGUAGAGUGUGAACCUGUUCCAGAAGCUCCUCCAUCACCAGAACCUGUGCGAAUUGAACAGCCUAGAGCCAUGUAUGUUGAUCCCCUAGCCUUCUUACAGAGACCUUUCUUAAAGCCUACCAAAGACAAAGUAAUGGAAGAGGAACCAGAGGCUCUUUACAAUAAAAUGAAAGGAUUUGUAUUUGGAAAGGCAAAGAAGAGUUCAAGUGUAGCUUCUCUUAAUAUAGUUGGGGUUUCCAACAAUCCAGAUGCAGUGAGCAACACAUCAAGCAAGAAGAGCAAAUAUAGUAGGACUGGCAGUUUAGCAUCAUUACAUAAUCUUAGUGAUGAGCAGCUUGACUCCAGUUAUCAUAACAAAAGGUCUAUGAGUCUGGCUUCUUUACAUGUGGCGGAAGAAUCUCCCAAAAAAAUGGCACCGAAGGGUCUAUUUAGCAAGUUCAGUAUAGGCAGAAGUAAAGGCUCUCUUCACAAUAUUUGUGAAGAUGAUGUUCCUCCUUCAUUAAGAACUGAUGAGUACAUUGACUUGGAAGAAAUGUCUAAGCGUAUAGAAGCAAAGAUGCAGGCUGCACAAAAUGGAACUCUUGGAAAUGACAUUAGUAGAAACCCAGUGAUUAGUGCUUCUGUUGGCCCAAGUUCUACCCAAUCUGCUGCUACUGGUUCAGAUUCAUGGACACCAAAUUUUGUUCCAGCUUCUGCAUAUGAUGGUUCACCAAAGACAAGAGGCACAGUUUCUUCUUUUUCCCCAAAAUCACAGCAGAGCACUUCUCAAGGUUCCCAGCAGGGGAUUCCAUCAUAUAACGAUUCUUUGUAUAGGUCACAACACUCCUACAGUUUUGAUGAGGACAUCCAUGUUGGAGAGAAUGCAGGCAGAAACUACUUUCCCCCUGUACCUGCUACAACAGAAAGGCCUGCAGUACCUGCCAGGAUAGCCAUUGGCACACCCAUUAGUGGCACUGGUACUCUAGGUAGACCUAAACCUGUAGUUCCACCAAGACCUCCAGGAAGUGGAAGCAAUUCUCCAAAACCUCGAGCACCACAACCACCAUCCUCAGGGAGACCGAGUCCUGUAGUAAAGCCCUCAGCUCCCCCUCCCCCACCUCCAGUUAUUACACCCAUAGAGUCCUCCCUCUGAGGAACGUGGUUGGGCUUAGGGUUAAUUGUAAUGUCAGUGAAGAUUGGUGUAAUGUGUAUAUUACAUGUACAGUAUAUGUGUAUUAUAAUAUUCCUCCUUGAAUUGCUGCUCAAACUCUAUGCCAAGAUAAUCAUGAGGAGUUUUAGUACUCAUGAACUACAAACAUGUCUUUCAUAUGCUCAUGUUACAUUUGUCUCAUGACUUACAUUUGUAAUAUCAUAGUCCAUGUAUCAUAUUAUUCAUUGCUACUGGAGAUAACAUUAUUAAAAACACAAAAAACUAUUAUUCAGACCAAAGUGUAGGAUAGACAGGACAUUUAAAGUCACCCUGAACAUAUCACUCAUUGUAAGUACAUGUAACAUGAAUGUAGAUCUGAAUUUAUUAGGUAGAUAUUGUCUGAUGUUAAUGUAAAAUAUGAUGGUAAAUUUUUAUUCAUAUUGCUGUUUUUAACUAACACAGCAAUUGUAUAACAUUCUUUGUGUGAACUGGAUUGGUGAUCAUUGCUUUGGUAUAAACUUCAGCUGCUUAUUUAAAGACUGCUCCUCUUGAAGAUAACGUGCAAUAAAUUUUUAGCCUUGCAGCUCCCCUGUUGCUAUUGUAAAGUUGUUUUUUCAUGUUAUUUUCUAAAUACAGCCUCUCCUCACAUAGCGACGUACUCGUUUACCAACGCCUCGGACUUACGACGGGCUCUGAAUAGUAUGCAUAAAUAUACAGUAUGAUGAAUAUUAGAGCUGAUUUCCUCUAUUCUGUUUAUUACAAUAUACAGUAUGCUACUGUAUAGACAUUUAAAAAUAUACCAGAAAUGUUAUAAAUGGUGUAGAGGUGACAUUAAAACAAUAUAAAAAAUAGUUGACACAAACCCACUACCAUUAUAGUAUGCUCCUCAUUUAGCGACAGAUUUGUUUAUCGACGUGUUCUUAGGAACGGAGCUCCAUCGUUAAGUGAGGAGAGGCUGUAUUGCACUUAAAAUUACUUUUUUUAUAAAGCUCAUAUGUAAUGCUAGUUAAAUCUCUUGCAUACCACGUGCAUAAUUUAUCGUGAAAAAUAAUAAAUCACCAGUCAGUCAUUCUCAGCUGUUGUAUAAAAUUUGACAUUAAACUUGGCGACCAUUAUUGAUUAUAGCACAAGUGAAUAUUCUUUGACCCACUAUUGCUGUUUUAAACAGUCUACUUUUUUGUAAAUACUGUACUAUAAAUAACACACACACACACACACACACACACACACACACACACACACACACACACACACACACACACACACACACACACACACACACACACACACACAUACACACACACACACACACACACACACACACACACACACACACACACACUAGUGUCACACUAGUGCCUAGUGUCUAAUCGACAUGUGCCUAGGACAAAAUGGUAACUAACACACACAUACACACACACACACACACACACACACACACAUACACACACACAUACACACACACACAUACACACACACACACAUACACACACACACAUACACACACACAUACACACACAUACACACACACACACACAUACACACUCACACUCACACUUACACACACUCACUCUCUCACACUCUCACUCUCACACUCUCACUCUCACACUCUCACUCACACUCACACUCACUCUCACACUCACUCACUCUCACACUCACUCUCACUCUCACACUCACUCUCACACUCACUCUCACUCUCACUCUCACUCUCACUCUCUCUCACUCUCUCUCUCUCUCUCUCUCUCUCUCUCUCUCUCUCUCAUACUCAUUUCCACACUUUUUUUUUCUCUCGUUCUCCCUCUCUCCUUCACCCCUUCCCUUCUUUCCAAUUUUUUUUUCAGUAACAUUCAUUAUAUUAUUAUAUUUAAAUUAUUAUUUCUUUGUAUUGACUUCAGUCUUGUUCCUUUUGCAUAAAUGUGCUUGCACCAUUUUUUAUUUUCAUAAUUGUAAUUUCUCUAGUCGCCUCUUGUCUGUUUUACAACAUUUUAUUUUUACGAUGCGACUAGUCUCUUUCUUAGGCCAUUUAACUCCAUACUAUGUAAAGAAUAUUCUUAUAUUCUGGUAUGUACUGUAUUAUACGUAUUUAAUUGUCUGAUAGACAACUUGACAGGGCCAUGAAAAUCCUCCUGCAAUUUUGCUUGCAUUGUUCAUGUUCUGUUUUCUACAAUAUUUAAGCAUGACUGUAUAUUUCAGAUACUUAGAUCUGUUUUAAUAUUACCGUGGCUCUCUCCUGUCCAGUCUGUGAGUUGACUGAAUUCCACCUCUUUUGGGAGUGAAAAUGUAUAGAACGAGGUGAGCAAGUAUUCAGUAUUGUCAUUUUUAAUUGUACUUAUUUGCCAUGUUUAAUUAAUUGUAUUUUCUUGGUAUUGUCUAAAUUUUUUAACUGAAUUUGAAGGAGAUGUAUUUUUUGCCUUAUUUAUAUCAAGAGGUUUCUUACCAGUUGAUACGCUGGACAAAAUAGUGAUGGCAAAUCAAUCACGGAGUUCACUAGUCCUGGGAUAUGCUCAACUUUCUUUAUUCAUUCUUUUUAAUUUAUUGUUAAUGUAACCAUUAAGUGGUAUGAAUUGUGUGCUAUAUAUAAUAAUUCACAACUUUUAGUCUUCAAAGUUUUUGAACAGAUCUGUUUUCUAUUGUCUUUUGACUAUGUUAACUGUUCUGUAUGUGUUUGUCUUUAAUGUGACUUAAAAUACUUUCACAGUUGAGCUCGUGUAACAAAUCAAACUUCGAUAAUGUGUAUUUUGUACAGAAUCUGAUAAUGGUAUUUGUGAUUUGUCAAUAU